UCCCUUUUCCCCUUCUCUAACUUCCUAGUAUCAAUUUAAAUUAGGGUUUUCUUUCAUUCUCAUUUGGUUGAGUCUAAUUAGUCCAAUGUUUUUAGCUGAGGAAGAUGUUCAAUUCCACUCACCGGUUCACGAAACCGGUUUUUCACCCGAAGAACUCCAAGAGUUAUUAUCAUUCUUCGAAUCCGAAGAACCGAUCAGUUCAAACUCCGGUUCAGAAAGUUCGAGUCGGGCUGUAUAUUCACCGGACGAGAGAAAGCAAAGGCGCAAGAUAUCAAAUCGAGAGUCGGCCAGGCGGUCCCGUUUGAGAAAAAAGAGGCAUUUGGAGAACCUCACGGACCGAGUGAACCGGUUGAACGUAGAGAACCGGCAGCUUAAGAAUCGACUAAGUUCAGUUAUUAAUCAGUAUCACGUAGUAUGGCUAGAAAAUGAACGGUUAAGAUCCGAAUCCGACGCUCUGUGGUCCAAACUCAUGGAUCUAUACUGGACGUCAAGUGCCAUGCAAUGCAAUCACGAUGACGGCCGACAUUCUCGUCAUGUUUUAACUUCAACUAAUCCAACGUAUUAAGCUCUACUUGCAUGCAUUAAACCAUCGAAUACAUGAUUCAUGAAGAUGUAAAAGAAAGAAUCAGAGCUUAAAUUAUCUUCUUUUUUUCCCUACAUGUAUAAAUAUUAGGCAACAAUAUUGGUAAUUAAAAAAAAUGGUGGCUUCG